AUGUAACAGGAAAGCAUAUACAACUUAAUUCCAAAAGAGUAUGUCCCUCCACCUAAGGAGCCCAUGUAUAGAUCUGCAUAUCCUUCAAAUCUUGUUCCUACUGGCAGCACUUUUAAUAACUACACAACAAGCAGACCAAAAAUUAACAAUAUCAAUGGAGAAUUUGAAUUAGUCAAAGGUCCUCAUUCUCACAAAGGAUAGUCUAAUUCGUUGGGUAGACCCAAAGGCUCAUAUAAACCUGAUACAACUAUGUUCAGAUUGAAGAACACUGGAACCAUGGGAUCAAAUUAAUUACCUGAGAUUCAAUCUUAUAAAUAUCCACCCUCUGUCAAACCCUAAGUCCCUAAAAAGGAUGAGAAGCCAAUACAUGGUUUGAAAUCAAAUAAAAACUUUAUAAUAACGAAUGCUGUUGAAAAUAUCCUAUCGGCCCCAAAGUAAAUUGUUGAAGAUGUUGCUUGGACAUCCAAAAAGGAUUAUGGGAAGGUUCCAGAUUAUUUAACCAAAAUAAAAUCAAGCAUUUCUAGUGAAUAUGAAAUCAUAAGAAACAUGCAUAUUAGUGAGGCAGAAGAAAUGGACAAAUAAAAAUAUCUUAUGUCUUUGGAAGAAGUUCAAUAACUAAAGGAAGGACUCAAAAAGAAAUGGGAAUCAGUCAAUAAAGAGUAUUAAUCAAUUACUCAUAUCAGAAUGAUUGACACCGUUGGUUUGAAAAGAAAGAAGGAGUAAUGUGAAAAGGAAUUAGCCUAAUUAGAAAAAGAUAUAGAAAAAUUAAACAAGAACUAUGUAUUUGUUGAUACAUAAAAGUGAUUCCAUUUUAUAAUAUCAAUAGCAAUUUUAGUAUAUUUCCAA